CAAAAAAAAAAAUAAAAACAAUAAUAACAUACAAAUAGCAAAUUGUCUCUCAAUGACAAAGAAAUUAUAAAUAAAUACUAAAAUAACAAAAACAAUUUGAAGCAAAGCUUGAAUAUUUACAUAUAAAAAAAUGACUAACGUAAAAUAUUUGUAAUGGUGUAAUGUCUUCUGUAAUACUGGUAUCACUUUGCGUUAUUCGCAUUGAAAUAAUUGAUCCUGAUAUUGAAGAAACAGCAGAAUCAAUGGCAGCUAGAAAAAUUCGUGGUUGUCGUGAACCACGCGAUAUAACUGUUGAAACAUAUGCAAAUAUAACUGAAGGUCCAGUUGCUCUAUUAUCAUCAUCAUCAUCAUCACUAUCAGGUUCCAGUAAAUCAUAUUCAUCAUCAAGACCAAAUUCUGAAGAAAAAACAUUACCAAAUAUUGAUACAAUUGAAGCAACAUCAUCAUCAACAACAACAACAUCACAAACAGAUCAAAUAAAUUUUAUAUCUGGUAAUCCAUUUGUUGAAGUAACAAAAGGAAUUUUACAUCUCUAUAAAGAAGAUGAAUUAACUAAAAUUCAUCAAGCAGCUAAAAGAAGUAAUACAAUAUGUAUAUUAUCAGUUCCAGCAACAAUGACAUGUCAUGAUUUAUUAACAUUUACAGCAGCAUGUCAUCAAGAUAUACAACAUUUUCGUAUAAUAAGAGAUAAUAAUCCAAAUCAAUAUAUGGCACUAAUAACAAUGCGUUCAUCAACAGCAGCAAGUGAAUUUUAUGGUACAUAUAAUGGUGCACCAUAUAAUUCACUUGAGCCAGAUGUUGUUUGUCAUAUGGUAUUUGUAUCAAGAGUUGAAAUUGGUGAUAGUGGUAUGUCAAUAAAUGGUCAUACAGAAUUACCAUCAUGUCCAGUUUGUUUAGAAAGAAUGGAUGAAAGUGUUGAUGGUAUAUUAACAAUAUUAUGUAAUCAUACAUUUCAUUCAAGUUGUCUUGUUAAAUGGGGUGAUAUAUCAUGUCCAGUAUGUCGUUAUGCACAAACACCAGAACCACUUGGUGAUAGUCAUUGUAUGGAAUGUGUUGCUGAUACAAAUAAUGAUGCAUUAUGGAUAUGUUUAAUAUGUGGACAUAUUGGAUGUUCACGUUAUCAUGAGGGUCAUGCAUUUGAACAUUAUCGUGAUACACAUCAUUGUUAUGCAAUGCAAUUAGGUAAUAAUAGAGUAUGGGAUUAUGUUGGUGAUAAUUUUGUUCAUCGUUUAUUACAAGAUAAAGAUGGUAAAAUGGUUGAAGGUGGACAAGAAACAUUAAAAUGUGAAGAUGGUGCUGCUGUUGAUGAAAAAGUUGAUGCUGUACAACUUGAAUUUACAUAUUUAUUAACAUCACAAUUAGAAACACAACGACAAUAUUUUGAAGAUCGUUUAAGUCGCAUUGAACAACGUUCAUUAACUGAAGUUAGUGAAUUACGAGAAAAGCUUAAUCAAUUAAAUAUAGAUAAUUCAAUGAUUCAAGAAAAACUAAUGGCAAUAACAAAAGAAAAACAAUUACAUGAAAAAAAAUUACAACAUUCAAAUGUUAAACUUGGACAAACACAAAAAGAAUUGUCAGAGGAAAAAGCAUUGAGAAAAUCAUUAGAAUUAAAUCAAACAAGUUGGCAAUCAAAGCUGAAAAUACUUGAAAAAGAUUUGCUAGAAUCUAAAACAACAAAAGAACGUGAAAUUAAUAAUUUACGUGAACAAGUACGUGAUUUAAUGUUUUUUUUGGAGGCACAAAAUCAAAUUGAAAAAUCAGUUCUUAAAGAGGAUCUUGUUGGUGGUACAGUAAUUGUUCCUGAAGCAUCGACAACGUCAAAUGAUACAUCAACACGAUCACGUCGUCAUCGAAAACAUUAAAGCUAGCUUCUUUUUUUUUUUUUUUUUUUUUCAAUAAAUAAAUUAAUUACAUUAAUCAUCAUUUAAUUGUUAUAAUAAUAUCGAACAAAAAUAUUUAUUUAAUAUAUUUUUAAUUUAAAAAUACACAACUGGCUUUUCUUUUUCUUUUUUUUUGUUUGUGUUGUUAGACGACAUCUAGAUUUAUACCAGUUGAGAAAAAUAAUAAUAUAUAUAUAUAUAGUGUAAUUAUUAGUCUUGUCUUUUUUAUUCUUAAUAAUACAUUAUUAUUAAAUAUUGCAACAUGUUGAGAAAAAACAAAAGAAAAAAAAAUUGUGCAAUUUUUUUUUUUUUUUCUUUUUUUAUGAUUAGAUUAUUUUUUUAUGAUACAACUCACGUAGAAAUUUUGUGCGUAAGAUAUCAUAUCAUUUUAGUUUCAUUCAUUCAUUCAUAUUUUUUUGAAUGAUAUUGAUAAUAAAUAAUAAAUUUUUUAAUAAUAAUGAUCCAUCAGUUAAAGAGAAGGCACGCCUGCGACUGAUUUACAAAUUUUGGCAAUUUUUUUUUUUGUUAAUUAUAUAUUUUUUUUUGUGGAGUAUUUAAAAAAAAAGAAAAUUAAUUUUAAUCAACUCCAUUAUUGACUGAAUUUGAUGCUUUAACUUUACGUUUUUGUGUUUGUCUUUGAUGUUCAUAUUCAAAAU